AUGGGGCUUGACUGGGAAACUUUUUCCUAUGGUGAAGUGAACAUCAAUGUCAAUGGCAUGUCAAAACAGCCAGACUGGGCAUUGGGCCCUAGGCGCCCCCCUCCUGGCACCAGAAAGCGGCCUAUGGUGGUUGCGGAAAUCGCUAUCUCGGAAACCAGAACAAGGUUGCAGCGAGACAUUGAUCUAUGGCUUGAUCCCAGUAGGGGUAACACCAAUGUCGCCAUCGCUAUCAAGAUAAACAGAACCCGACUACUUAUCACCAUAGAUAAUAUCGAGAUACGGGAAAGCCAUAUAGGCGAUGAAGUUAGAGUCUCUGGGGCUCCACUGACUAUCCCUUUUGAUCUCCUGUUCCUACGACCUCCAAAAUCCCCUAGAGAAGGUGAUUUGACUAUAGGAAAGGAAGGAAUCGAGGAGUUUGCAAAAUGGGUCUGGGAGGCUCAGUUUGCGCCGUUCUGA